UUCCUGAUAUGUGGAGUGUGCGGCAUCUUCUGUGCGAAAAAGAAAUCUGGACUCAUAAUGAUUCUUUUUUCUGCCUGCUGCAUCUGUGGACUCAUUGGAGGCAUCCUGAACAUUCAGUUCCUAAGAGCUCUGUCCAAGAGGUCCUCCUUGCAUCUUGCCUCCUUGUCCCUUGCAUGUAUAGGCAUCAGCGGAUGCACCAUCUCCACUUGGCUUACUUGCCGCUUGGCCAGUUAUGAGCAAAGGAGAAUGUUUCUAGAAAGAGAGCACUCACUUCAUCACUCUCAUGAAAUGACAGAAAAG